GAGAGAGUGGCUCCACAAAUAAGCCUGUACCCUGUAGACUGCAGGCAUACACACCAGCUCUUAGCCUCUUACAUAGUAUAUAAAAACCGCGCCACGCUUGCUGCAGAGAGCUCAAAAACCAACGCUGCUGCCAGGGCUUCUAACUGUUUCUUCCUUCUUGUUUGAAGGGAACAGACGCCGAGAUGUACCUGGUGAAGGACAUUAGCGGCGCCAUCGGGCUGAUGGCGGUGGCGUUGGUGCUCCUGGGCACCUGGCCGGUUGUCCUGGCGGUGCUAGAGCGGCGGGGCCGGCUGCCGCAGCACACGUUCCUUGACUUCUCCGUCACCAACUUCCUGGCCGCCGUGCUCGUCGCGCUCACCUUCGGCCAGAUCGGCCCCGACACGCCGGAGACGCCCAACUUCCUCACCCAGCUCGCUCAGGUUCAGAACAACUGGCCUUCGGUGUUGUUCGCGAUGGCGGGCGGCGUCACCCUCAGCCUGGGGACACUUGCCACGCAGUACGGCUGGGCGUUCGUCGGCCUUUCCGUCACUGAAGUCAUGGCCUCAAGCCUCAAGGUCGUUAUAGGGACGACGCUCAACUAUUUCCUCGACGGCCGGAUCAACAAGGCAGAGAUCCUCUUCCCCGGUGUCGGCUGCUUCCUGAUUGCGGCCAUCCUUGGGUCACUUGUCCACGCUUCCAAUGCCGCCGACAACCAGGAAAAGCUGGCAAACUCCUUGGCGAAGUACAGCAAAAAUACAAGGAAGAACACUGCAGACGAUGAGGAUCUCACCAAACACCUCCUUAACAAAGAGAUACCAAAGGAUCCAGAAGCUGCAAAGCCGGAUGCAGCAGAUCAGGCUACUGAGGCCCCGGAGAAAGUAGAGGCAGGAACGGCAGAGUUCCUGGUUAACCUGGAGGAGAAGAGAUCGAUUAAAGUGCUGGGUUCGCACACGCUGCUGGGCCUCGGGAUCGUGGUGUUCGCGGGCGUCUUCUACGCGCUGUUCGCGCCGGCGCUGAACCUGUCGACCAACGACCAGUGGCACGCGCUCCCCGCCGGCGUGCCGCACCUGGUGGUGUACACGGCCUACUUCUACUUCUCCCUCGCCUGCCUCGCCGUCAGCGCGGCGCUCAACGUGUGGCUCCUGUACCGGCCCAUCAUGGCCGGCGUGCCGGCGAGCUCCACCGUGUCCGCGUACCUCCGGGACGGCGGCGAGGGCAGGGCGCCCGCGAUGCUGGCGGGGAUGGUGUGCGGGCUCGGGAACGCCUUCACGUUCAUGGCGGGGCAGGCGGCCGGGUACGCCGCCGCCGACUCCGUGCAGGCGCUGCCGCUCGUCAGCACCUUCUGGGGCGUCGUGCUGUUCGGCGAGUACCGCCGGUCGUCAAGACGCACGUACACGCUGCUGGCCAGCAUGCUGCUCAUGUUCACCGUCGCCAUGGUCCUCCUCAUGGCUUCCUCCAACCACAGGAAGCCGCUCUGACUGACCUCCAUCAUCAGCAGGCGCUCCCAUCGUCCACAUCAUCAGUGAGCUGGGCACGUGGAUGGAUAUGCCGUAGUAUGCGACGAGGAGAAUGUAGAUCGGCAGCAUGGGUCAGGUGGUGGGGCCCACUAGCUGAAACAGAGCUCAACUGCUAACGUCCACCCAUUCUUCCAAGAAGUGUAUGUACUGUACUCUGCUGCUCAACUGCUACAGGAUUAGAUCUGGUCCCUUUCUAUCUUCUUUUGUGUAUCACUGCCACAUACUAGACUUUGUUUAGUUAUAAUUAUCUAUCCAAUCAUGAAUUAAUUAGACUCAAAAGAUUCGUCUCACAAAUUAUAGAUAAA